CGCAGAGCACUGCCUCUUGUAAUCACUUUCUAUGAGCAUUAGAUAUUCCGCUGCUGGAAAUUUCGCGAUUACCCAUGGAAUCAGCUGAUCCAGUUUCUGGUCGACCCAGAAAAGGCCGUGUUGGCAGCUCCAAAUCCAAAUUGGGCUGUCUUACCUGCAAGAUCAGGCGCGUCAAGUGCGAUGAACGUCAACCAACCUGUCACCGGUGCAGUUCCACCGGCCGAAAAUGCGAAUACAAGGGAGUCCGCCCAGGCGAUCUCUAUUCACGCGGCCAGGGCAUGUUGAGAUGGGAAGAAAGAGCGUCAAUUGUCGGCCUGUCCGAGACCCUACUCUCUGCUGCUUCCACAGCCACCAGUAAAGAGCGUCGAGCUUUUCACUUCUUCUUCCACCAGAUUUCACCUCGUCUGGCUGUCGCUCUAGAUGCGGAUCUCUGGCGUGGUGCUGUGCUCCGACUUAGUCGCUCCCAGCCUGCUAUGUGGGAUGCAGUGAUUGCUAUCAGUUGCUUAUAUGAACAUCCGCCAUUUUCACACGCUCCCCCCGUGGCCCCUGCCCUCAAACCUCCAGUAACUGACUCAAACCAUCGCUUAGCUUUAAGUUGGUACUCCAGGGCGUUAUCAAACGUGCGGAGUCAACUACAGAAGCGCGGUGAUAUGGAUCCUGCCGUUGCUCUACUCAGCUGCGUGUUAUUUAUAUGCAUCGAAUUUUUACAGGAAAACAUUAUUGAAGCUCUCCAGUUAUAUCAGCAAGGGUUACAACUGAUAUCCACCUUCAGUCCAGUGAUGAUUUCUGCUUUGUGGGAGACCAAGACUCUUUUUACGGAUGUUAUUGUCCCCCUGUUUUACCGCCUGGGAACACUUUCUAUUUUCUACGGGCAUGACCUGCCAGCAGAUUGGCCGAUUGUUUGGCCACAUAGAACUAUCAUAUACUUCCAGUCCCUACCGGAUGCCAGGGCUGCUUUAUACUCUUUAGUAUCGGACGUCGUUGUGUUUAUUCGUACCUGUACUGAGUCCGUGCAUCGGAGCCCAUCUGAUAUCAACGUGUUGGAAAGCCUUCAAGCGCAACAAGCUGACUUGCGGCUCAGACUAUCCGCGUGGCAUCAGACGAUGGUCAGACUGAAAGUCGACUCCUGGGAUAAAUGGGACGAUGCUCACCGUGGUACAUGUUCACUCCUUCAAAUGGCCUAUGCAACCUGUCUUAUUGUGGUGGAAACAUGCUUUGACCAGGAUGAAAUGGUGUACGACCGCUACAAGCAUCUAUUUCAGGAAAUAAUCGAAUAUGCACCAUCGGCCAUCGCAGCGACUACUGGACAGGAUAAAACACCAGCCCCUUUCACUUUCGAAUUAGGGGCUGGCUAUCCGCUCUUUUUUACGGCCCAAAAAUGUCGAGAUCCCAUCCUUCGGCGACGAGCCCUAGCUCUACUCUUGCAGGCACCUCGUGUGGAGGGUCUCCAUAGGGUCGUUCCGUCUGUGUUCCUUGCGGCGAACCUCAUCGCUAUGGAAGAAGGUAUCGAUACUGGGGAAGAUGGAAGAUUUGCAUCGCUUUUUGAAGUUAAUUGCCUUCCUGGUCGGGAAAAGAGAAUCAGCGAUCAUAUAGUCUUCUAUCCUAAGCAGGAUAGAUCGUCUGGGCUCCACAUGAAGUUCAAGAGACAGAUACAGGACUCCCACGGAACCUGGCAUCUGGUUGAGGAGAUCGUGAGGUUCAACGCUCCCGAUGAAAACAGCAUUUCCUCUUUAUUCUUGACGGUUACGGAAUUCAGUGCGUCUAUCACGAAACAGUAGGACAGAAUGAAUCAUGCAGACAAAUCUCCAGAACGACUAGUUCGAGUUUGCGUUCAACAUAUCACUAUUGCUUGUUUCGACGUUCGGUAAGUCCAAGCUAGUGAUACUGAUAAUAAGAAGAUAUUUCGAGGCCACAGCCCACGCCUAAAGCUGAACUGGUCAGGAAGAGUCUGCCAUCGCUCCAAUUCCACUGGAGCUGUUUCGGAUAUCUUUACCUGAAGACGUUAUGUUGCUGAGGAUGCAAGCGUCUUGAAAUUCAAAAAUCU